CCGAUCUUCCGUACAGGACGUGAAUGCAUCAUGUGUUCAGCGGAAGCGGAGCAGCAUCAGGAUCAGGAUGGGAAGCUAGCAGCUGGUCAGCUUCUCUGCAUUAACAGCAGCGUUCCUGUGGAGCUCGAUGACAGACCCACUGAAAUCCUCCUAAGCAGAAAACCACAGAAGAACAACUGACAGGGACGAAGGAUGGACUCCAUCUCUAUGAUGGGUGGCAGCAGGAGCCCUGUGUUCCUCACAGCCUCUUCCUCCCACCAGCUACACCAUGCCCAGGCCUGUUUCCUACCCAAUGGCAUGAAGAACGGAGUUGGAGAUGCAGGGGCCGCCUGCCUGCCUGCCCAACCCACAGUGGCAAUCCUGGGCUCAGGUGACUUCUCCAAGUGCCUGACUAUCCGCCUGCUGCGGUGUGGCUUCCAUGUAGUGGUGGGAAGCCGCCAUCCUAAACAGGCAGCCCAGUCAUUCCCCCAUGUGGUGGAUGUGACACACCAUGAAGACGCUGUGAGGAAGGCCAGCAUCGUGUUCCUGGCAAUUCGUCGUGAGCACUACUCUGUCCUGUGGGACCUCAAGCAUCUACUGGAAGGCAAGAUCCUGGUGGAUGUGAGUAACAACCGGAGAGUGAAUCAGUAUCCAGAGUCUAACGCUGAGUAUCUGUCUUCACUGCUGCCUGACUCCAUCGUGGUGAAAAGCUUCAACGUUAUCUCAGCCUGGGCCAUGCAGCAGAGCUGCCCCAAAGAUGCCAGCACACAGGUGUUCAUCUGCAGUGACUCGGUGGAGGCCAGACAGCAGAUUAUGGAACUAGCCCGCCAGCUCAACUUCCAGCCCGUGGAUAUGGGCACCCUGUCUUCUUCGCGAGACAUUGAGAACAUGCCCAUUCAGUUAUUUCCUGGUUGGAAGGGCCCCGUCCUCGCUGCCGUAGCCCUCUCUAUUUUCUUUUUUGCCUACUCUUUUGUACGUGAUAUCAUCCACCCGUAUGUGAAAUACAAGCAGAGUGACUUCUACAAGAUCCCCAUUGAGAUGGUGAACCGAACACUACCUACUGUUGCCAUCACUCUCUUGGCACUGGUGUACCUGGCGGGCCAGCUGGCAGCUGCCCACCAGCUGUACUAUGGCACCAAGUACAGGCAUUUCCCACAUUGGCUGGAGGGCUGGCUGCAGAGCCGGAAACAGCUAGGCCUCCUCAGCUUCUUCCUGGCCGCUGUCCAUGUUCUCUACAGCCUCUGUCUGCCCAUGAGGAGGUCUGAGAGGUACCUGCUGCUCAACACAGCCUACCAGCAGAUCCAUGCUAAUGUGGAUAAUGCGUGGAACGAAGAGGAGGUGUGGCGGGUGGAGAUGUACGUUUCCUUUGGGAUCAUGAGUCUCGGGCUCCUGUCACUGCUGGCCAUCACCUCCAUUCCCUCGGUCCAUAGCACGCUCAAUUGGAGGGAGUUCAGCUUCAUACAGUCCACUCUGGGCUACAUCGCCCUGCUCAUCGCUACCUUCCACGGCCUGCUGUUUGGCUGGAAGCGAGCCUUUGAGGAGGAGGCCUACCGUUUCUACCUGCCCCCCAGCUUUGUGGUUGCCCUGGCCCUGCCGGUAUGUGUCAUAAUGGGGAAGGUGCUGAUGCUGCUCCCCUGUGUGGCCCACAAGCUCCACCGGAUCCGCCGGGGCCAGGACAGCAGUCAGUAUCGGUGCCAGCGCCUGGAGCCAGUGGGCUCGGCUGCCCACGUUUCACCUGAGAGGGUCACCAUCAUGUGAUUGAUGGAGCUGCUCCUUUAUUGGGAUUUUCACAUAUACUGCCAUAGUUGUAUGACUAUUAUGUUACAGUUUGCCUAUUGUAAAACUGAAUAUGCUUCCCUUGACAGUAUAUAUUCCAAGUACAUUGCCUCACCAAUAUUUUGUUCCUGUUGUUAUGUUCUAGAGACAUUACACUGAGAUAAUCGUUGGUCAUUACUUUAAAGUGAACUCUACCAAUUCUACAUGUGACAAUGUCAUUUUACAAUUUCAACUUGGCAUGUGAUAACAGUUGCAUUUUGUCUUCUGUGACUCUGAAACCCUCACUUUGUCAAGUCUAUGAAAAUAACGAUGAUGAUGUUGGACUUGCAUUGCAUUGUGAGAUAUAUAGUAUAGUAUAGGAAACAGUGUUUUUGACCCAUACCCAGGGACUGAUAGUCAGGACAUCUCAACAGUAUAGUAUUUCUGGAGAAUAUUACUAGUUACUAUUAUCUCCUUCAGUGCUUGAAAUUCUUAUUUUUGGUGAUAAUACUACUCUUCAAACUCUGAAGAAAUGUUUUGAGGUUUUGUUGAUUCCGCAGUAUCACUGUGUUAUGUAGUCAGUCAUGUCUGUAUAAUUGUACCACUGAAUAUCGUGUCCAUUUGUCAUGCUGAAAUCAAUGAGACCCAUGGCUUUUAUUAAGAAUUUAACUGAAGCUACUCUAACAGUGUUAUCUGUGAUAGACAUUUAAUGAAUGCAGAAUGCAGGCAGCAUAGCUGACAGCACAUCCACACAACCCACAGCAGUUAAUAAAGCUAUAAAAACUGGAUUACAGAAAUCAGAAAUACUUUCUUCCCCGGGGGAAAUACUUUGUCUCAGUUGCACACUUAUCAAGGCAUCAGGAAUAGAAAUAUAAUAAUAGAAAGUAGGUAGAUCUCAUAUAAAUAUGAGAGUAUAAAUAUAAAGACAAAAUAUAAAGUAGUGUGGGUAUUUACAGUAUUUACAUUAUUAAUGAAUGAUUAUGGUAUUAAAGAAUUAUUAUGGUGAACAGUAAUACUGAAUCAAUAGCUGCAGAAUAGCAGCAGAGAAUUGUACAUUAAUUAUUAAACAGAUAAUAUUGCACAAAACAGGUAAUAAUGUCCAGUAUAAUAACUAACUAAGGGCCCAUGUGUCAGCCACUUAGAGCGAGGAGUUAUAGAGUUUGAUGGCCACAGGCAGGAAUGACUUCCUUUGGCUCAUUUUGGGGGGAUGAGUCUUGCACUGAAAGUGCUCCUGUGUUUAAUAAAACAUAUUAUCAGUUUGUGAGCCUAUAUGAUGUAUGUGUACCAUUUCUGUGAAGGAAUAUAGGAUCAGUAUGACACAGGUGUCCCCAGGUCAUGGCAGGGUCAAUUGCUAAGCUAAAGUAAGCCAAAGUUGACAGCCAGGGACUCUCCAAAUCAGCAGGUCAGACUCUGUCUCUCCUCUCUGCCUGCUUGUCGACUGACUGAUGAGCUGUCUUGAUAAUGAUGCACUGUUGUACAAUUGUCUGGUAAGGUCCAGAUGAUCUGUUUUGUUUCUUUACAGACAGACUGAGUGUUGCAUGUGGCUUAAACGACCCAUUUCUUGAUUUGAACCAAUAACCAAUAGACUCCACACACAUGUAUAGAGGCCGAGGGUUUAACAAUAACCUGAUUUUGACACCUAGUGAAUCUCUGUAGGUCUAGGAACGAUAAAGAUCCCCAGACAGGAAGUAUUCUUCAGAUUUGCUGUUAGCAUUCCAUGUGUUCACACGUUGUGUGCUGGCACUGUAUCUCCUCGGCCGGGCCCAAUAAACCAUGCUAUGUAAGUCUU